AUGCUAAAGGAAGGCACAGUCCUUUCUUUGAUUUCUCGGGCGAAGGCAAAAGGUCAAGACGCAGACAAAUUUUCUCAGUCAAAUGUUCAAAAAGUGGGUGACACGAAAUCAAAAUCAGGGAAAACUACCCAGGGGGAUGGUAUUCAUAGUGUCGUCGCUCUAAUCUAUGAACAAUACGAACGCAUGCUCAGGCUAAACAACAGCUUGGACUUUGACGACUUGCUCGUGUAUGGAGUGAAACUUUUCUCAGGAUAUCGUGAUUCAGCGCAAUGGUGCAGACAUGUUCUCGUGGACGAAUUCCAAGAUACGAAUAUUAUGCAGUACGAGCUCAUGCGUUUCCUCGCUGCCGCUAGCGGUUGCAUUACUGUAGUAGGGGACCCUGAUCAGUCUAAUAAGCUGCGCAUCCCAAAGAAGCUCCAUACCUCUUACCAGUUAGGACCCCGUCCAAUGCUACGAUCCUUUGUGUCGGAACAUGAAGAAGCGGCAUUUUUGGCGGUCGAAAUCAAGAGGAUAGUUGCUUUAGCGGGCGGUAUGCUUCACUACGGUGAUUUUGCGGUACUUCUUCGAUUCAAUGCCAUCUCACGCACUAUUGAAAACGCCCUGCAGAAAGAACGCAUACCAUGUCGGAUUUUAGGUGGUCACAAAUUUUUCGAACGAUCUGAGGUUUGUGAUGCUCCACCACAGGAAGACAAUGUAGCCUGA